AUGGCGAUCACGGGGAGCGGAUCUCUCGCUGUUUCUCUCUCGGUUUUCGUGAUUUCACUCGCGUUUCUUCCGAAAGGAGCUGCUGAAACCGUGACAGUCGACGGUCUGAACCUGGCAACCGACAACGUGUCUGUGAUCGAGGGGGAGAUGGCCACCAUCAGCUGCAGAGUGAUGGACAACGACGACUCUGUCAUCCAGCUGCUCAACCCCAACAGGCAGACCAUCUACUUCAGAGAUGUUAGACCUCUGAAGGACAGCCGGUUCCAGCUGGUGAAUUUCUCUGACAACGAACUGCGGGUGUCUCUGUCCAAUGUGUCACUCUCCGAUGAGGGACGCUACGUGUGCCAGCUCUACACGGAUCCUCCUCAGGAAGCCUACGCAGACAUCACUGUCCUGGUCCCGCCAGGCAGCCCAAUCAUUGCGAGCCGCGAGGAUGUGGUCAGCGAGGGGAAUGAGACGGAGCUCACCUGCACAGCCAUGGGCAGCAAGCCAGCUGCCUCCAUCAGAUGGAUGAAAGGGGAGGAAGAACUGACAGGGGAGACAACCGUUGAGGAGACGUAUGACAGGAUGUUUACCGUCAGUAGCCGGGUAAAAAUUUCUGUCACCAAAGAGGAUGAUGGAGUACCAGUGGACUGCAUCAUUGACCACCCAGCUGUGAAGGACCUCCUGGCUCAAAGACACUUGGAAGUGCUAUAUAAACCAGAAGUGAAGAUUGUGGUUACAUAUCCUGAGGGUUUAACCAGAGAAGGUGACAAUCUAGACUUGUCGUGCAUCGCAGGGGGAAAACCACAUCCCCAUCAGAUCAACUGGCUCCGGGUGGACGAUGAUGUGCCGUCUCACGCUGUGGUCACCGGCUCCGACCUCUACAUCGAGAACCUGAACAAGUCCUACAACGGCACCUAUCGCUGCGUGGCGUCCAACACGGUGGGCGAGGCCUACGACGACUACAUCCUCUAUGUAUAUGAUGCUCCCACUACUAUCCCCACACCCACCACCAACCCAGUCAACACGCAAGACUCCAGAGCCGGUGAGGGGGCACCGCAGAAAAUUGACCAUGCUGUCAUUGGAGGAGUGGUUGCCGUGGUGAUGUUUGCCAUCCUCUGUGCACUCAUUGUUCUUGGUCGAUACUUUGCCCGACACAAAGGAACUUACUUCACGCACGAAGCCAAAGGGGCGGACGACGCGGCCGACGCGGACACGGCCAUCAUCAACGCGGAGGGGGGACACAACAACACAGACGAGAAGAAGGAGUACUAUAUCUAA